GGUCUCCAUCCGACACAAAAGAUAAAUCUGCCUUGCAUAUGAAUGACAUUUGUAAAUGUUAUUUUAACUUAGUGUUGCAGACUGUCUAUCGGGUCACAACUUUUACCGAAAGUUCAAAUUUUAAAAGUGGCAUAGGCUGUAAGAGCCAUGCUUUCUGAAGCUAAUAACAUACUGCAUGCUGCCAGCUUCGAAAUACUGUAUGUUUUGAUUUGUUUGAAAGCUUGCUCUGUUCUUUGCUGAUGUAUUUUCCUGCUUUCAGCUGUCCGAGAGGAAAUUGCAUCAUCAGGGACAAGAUUUUUUUUGGUGCAAGUCUGGAUUUGGAUUUAUUGGGAAUUGAGAUUGAUGACAAGACAAUGAUACCUGGACUUGCUGUUGCAUCUUCACGUGCUGAACCAUUAGCAGCAUGGAUGAACGGGCUGGAAGCGUGCGCAAUUGAAGCUGACACUCCUCGUGCUUGCUUGAUUCUAUCAGUUGGAAUUGCAACCCGUUAUGUUUAUGCUACCUAUAAGAAAACUCCCGUAACAACAGCUGAAGCUGAAGCUGAAGCCUGGGAAGCUGCAAAGAAGGCAUGUGGAGGUUUACAUUUUCUUGCCAUCCAAAACGACUUGGAUUCAGAUGAGUCUGUUGGAUUUUGGCUUUUACUAGACCUGCCGCCUCCACCUGUAUGAUUACUCAUUGUUUUCUCGUGAACCCUUUAUGGUACUGUUAAUGUUGUCGGGCUACGAUCUGCAGAAUAUGAAAGCAAUAGAAAGUGCCGACUUUUUGUUCCAAUUA